UGUGCUCAAGAAUUCAAUAAGGCGGCUUUGGAGCAAAACAUCGUAGAGCACCGACAGCAUCGAUGCUGGGCCAAAUUAUGGACGCGCUUCAGUUGUUCAACUUAAGCGAAACGGUACGGUCCACACAACAUACGCGGAGAACUCCAAAGAACCGAAUCGGCCGAAGAAUAUUCCACACACCUAUAUAUACAUACAUACAUAUCUAAUAAUUAUACACACACUUCGGGAUUUGUUGUUGCAGACAGAUUGUGCGAAACAUAGCGAUUUGCUAUUAGUGGCUACUUGCCGUCGAUUAUGAUUCUGCUACGUCCAAAGCGUUACAAUAAAGCAUAAAGCCCGCAUGUCAGUACGUUGACAGCCGUUAGCAGAGUUAGAAGAUAGCCAACAAUAAUACAAUAACAAGUGUAUACAAAGGCGGUGCGCCAAACAAAAGCAUUGCGCGUUUUGAUAGAAAAGCUAACGGUCAAAAGGUUAUUUGAAUAGAAAAAGUGGCACAGUGAACCAUACACAGAAGCAGACCCAAAUACAUGCGAAUGCAGAGGAAUACCACCAAUUGUUUUUGUGAAAUACACGCCUUAAACUAACAGUAUUUAGUAUUUAAUUAAAUGUGUUUACAUCAUCUCCUCAUAUACGCUAAUAAAUUAAUAAAUAUGUGUGCGUGUUUAAUAAACAAAAAUUUGUUGUGCACCCUGUUGUUUAUCACAUAUUGCUGGAAUGCACAGGCAGCGAAUGCAGCGAAUUACCCACCUCGAAUAGCACAUAGUGAUACCACAGAGAACGACACGGCGCGCAUGGCUAUAGCUUUGCCGCAAGGCUUCAGGCCACAGGCGCCACCAUUUAGACCAAUGCUUUUACCCUUUGCCACGCCCACGCCCAGCAGUCCGUUCGGCGGUUGGAAACCGAUAGUUGGUGCUCCCCAGGCGCCAACUAACGGAUUUACAAUGCCAAUGCCAACACCACUGGUGCCGCCGCCGCUUGCUGUACUGCAAGAUCGCAUUGAUGCGGCGUCGCCAGAGCAAAACCUCGAGCAGCACGAGGGACCAGUGCUGGAAUCAAUUGUGUAUGGUACAUGGAAACCCGAACGGCCUUUGGGACCUAACGAAAUUACACGCACCACUACACCAGCCACAGCAGUUUACAAUCGCAAAAGACAACCUCCUGCCGCCUACGAAGAGCUCGGCGUACAGCAUCCGAUCAUGAACACGCGACCUGACGAUACCGAUGUAAAAUUGUUUCUGAAAAAUGGAAGUAGGCGCGUAGCCGCGACACGCGCUCCAGCAACCACCACAAUGACAAAUAAAUUCAUUCAAGUCAACAUGUCCGAUCCCAAUCUAGUGGAUAUGGCGAAACAGAUAAAUGAAUCGCUUGGUGGUGAUACCGCAAAUACACACAAACCUAAAAAACCAACUUGGCAGCAACAAAGCGAAGAUACUUCGCAGGAAAUCGACAUUGAAAUCGAAACGGAAACUGAAAGCGCGGCAGAAGUUGAAACGGAAACGGAAACUUUGGAUUUAGACGCUAGUAAGGUGUGGCCAACAGAUUUCAUUGCCUCCGUGGAACAGCGCAACAAGCUGAACUCGUCACCUAAUAUAAGUGACAAUCUUUCUAGUGAUAGCGCUGGUCCGCAAGAAUCAUUGAAUGGUUUAAACAUACCUAAUUCGCUGUUGCCGCAGAUUUCGCUCAACAUAACGAAAGUGGGUGUACCCUACGAGAAACAAAGCUCUGCCGAGCAUCCCACUAUUUGUGUACCCCUCACCGUACUCGAACAGUUAAACCACGUAGAUGUACUCGAAGUGGAACGGGUAUAUUGCUUUCCGCUUCCAGCUCCCACACACACAAGGCAUGCGGGGACGCCCAAACCGAAAGAACCGAAAGGUGUCAUGGCGAAAGUGGAGAAUUUUACAGAAUACGAAGCCGUGAAUGCGGCGAAAAUAUUAAAAUGGAAUUAUGUAAAGAUUUCAAGCUUAAUUAUAUUAAAUUUUCUAAAGCUGAAAUAUUCUUGAAAAGAAAAUGCAAGCGUGUUAUUAUAUGAUUAAGCUAAAUAGCUGUUAGGUCAAUCUAUCAACGAUAAAAGCUGAGUCAUUUUUAUGAGAACUUUGAUACACAUAUGUAUAUGUAUGUAUGUAUAUCAUUUUGAAAAAACAUAUGCAGAUUUGUAACAACUUCUAUUUAACUCAACAUAAAAUUAGGAACUAACUAUUGUGAUACACUGUUAUGAUAUAUUUAUAUUGCACAUAUAAAUAGUCAUUAAAUUUGUCCCAUAAUUUAAAUACUAAUAAUUAGCUACGGCUUGAUCGCAAUAUCACUGAAUCAUCAGUAAAGCCACCGGAAAUUUAGAAAUCAAGUAAACUUUACAGAUAUAAUACGCAUAUAUAUAAUACUAUAAAUUUAUAUUUAAUGCUUUAAAUCAGCAAUUAGAUGCCAACAACAUUUUUUAAUACAUGAUUAGCAUAAUUCCAACAAAAUCAAUUAAUUUAGUAUCCAUACAAAUUAGUUUAAGUUCAUAUAUAAUUAAAUACAGUUUUAGUACAUAUUAUUUAUCAAUACUACUAAGUACAUUUUUAAAAUUU